CUUGGUAACACUGUUGUUCAAAAAAUCUUUGAUAUUUGUGAUAAUUGUAUUAAAGACAUUAUGCUAAGAGAAGUUUCAAAAUACUUGUGUCAAAUGGGUAUACACAAAAAUGGUACAUGGGCUGCUCAAAAAAUUAUUAACGUUGCAAAUAGUCCAAGACAAAAACAAAUCAUCUCCAAAAGUUUAUUGCCUUACAUUACGCCACUAUUUAAAGAUACUUUUGGAAAUUAUGUCUUACAAUGUUGUCUAAAAUUUGGGUCUCCUUGGAAUGAUUUUAUUAUUGAGGUUAUGCUAGCCAAUUUUUGGAACAUUUCUCAAGAUAGAUUUGGUUCAAGAGCUAUUAGAGCAUUUUUAGAAAGCUCAGACUCAAAUUUUGAACAAACUGUUUUGCUAUCAUCUGUAAUUGUAUUGUAUGCUGAAUAUUUAGCAACAAACUCUAACGGGUCAUUGUUAUUAACAUGGUUUUUAGAUACUUGUACAUUAUCUGAUAGACAUAGAAUAUUGGCACCAAGAUUAUUGCCACACAUGGCUCAGUUAUGCACACAUAAAUUGGGUUGUUUAACUAUUUUGAAAAUAUUAAAUAACAGAACUGAUACUAGAGGAGGCGAGAUAAUAUUAAAUGCUUUAUUUGGGGAAUAUGAUCCUUCAAAACCAUUAAAUAGUGAAGCUGGAGAACAA